AUGUUUCUGGCGGUCAAUGAAACACCACCAUCAUCAUCAUCAUCAUCAUCAUCAUCAUCAUCAUCAUCAUCAUCAUCAUCAUCAUCAUCAUCAUCAUCAUCAUCAUCAUCAUCAUCAUCAUCAUCAUCAUCAUCAUCAUCAUCAUCAUCAUCAUCAUCAUCAUCAUCAUCAUCAUCAUCAUCAUCAUCAUCAUCAUCAUCAUCAUCAUCAUCAUCAUCAUCAUCAUCAUCAUCAUCAUCAUCAUCAUCAUCAUCAUCAUCAUCAUCAUCAUCAUCAUCAUCAUCAUCAUCAUCAUCAUCAUCAUCAUCAUCAUCAUCAUCAUCAUCAUCAUCAUCAUCAUCAUCAUCAUCAUCAUCAUCAUCAUCAUCAUCAUCAUCAUCAUCAUCAUCAUCAUCAUCAUCAUCAUCAUCAUCAUCAUCAUCAUCAUCAUCAUCAUCAUCAUCAUCAUCAUCAUCAUCAUCAUCAUCAUCAUCAUCAUCAUCAUCAUCAUCAUCAUCAUCAUCAUCAUCAUCAUCAUCAUCAUCAUCAUCAUCAUCAUCAUCAUCAUCAUCAUCAUCAUCAUCAUCAUCAUCAUCAUCAUCAUCAUCAUCAUCAUCAUCAUCAUCAUCAUCAUCAUCAUCAUCAUCAUCAUCAUCAUCAUCAUCAUCAUCAUCAUCAUCAUCAUCAUCAUCAUCAUCAUCAUCAUCAUCAUCAUCAUCAUCAUCAUCAUCAUCAUCAUCAUCAUCAUCAUCAUCAUCAUCAUCAUCAUCAUCAUCAUCAUCAUCAUCAUCAUCAUAA